GGAGAACCGACGUGGCUCUACGUCCGGCUUAGGAACUAGAUCAGGACUAUUCAUCGUGCCUGUUUCCCUCCGCUGCCCGCGGACGAUUAGGCAUCCGUCAAAAUGCCUAUCACAAGCCUUCCUCCCGAGUUGGUGAGCGCCAUUCGUGGCUACCUCGAGGUUUCCGACUGGUGUGCCCUUCGAUUAACAUGCCGCUUUCUCUUUGUCCAUCUACUCGAUGACUUUGCAAACCGUCAUUUCGACAGAAUCUCUGUCCUCAUAACCAGCGACGGUCUGCAGUAACUGGAAGAGAUUGCCACCCAUGAUAUCUUCCACAAUCGCGUCCGGGAGCCAUGGGUUGUGCCAGAACUAUAAGAAGGCUACUUGCACGUUGAAUCUUCGAUCUCAAGC